AUUGCCGUGCCAGUUAGCUAAGGGAUCAACCUGAAUGCGCUGACACUCAAAGUACCAAUUUCUUAUUUAAAGAUGCAGUUCAGCAGAUUUUAGCUCAAAGGCAAGCCGUCCAACCGGGUUUCCACUAAAGGCUGACAACGGUCUUCCCAGGAAAGAUUAGCGAAAUUGGACUGUUUCCCUCUCGGUAAUUGUGAUUAGCUAACAUGAGCUAGCUGGCUAACAAGCUAAUAACAACAACAAGGCAGUGGGGCUUUCCGUGUCUAGCUGCAGCCUAAUUAUUCACCACAAUCAUUAGUUUGAUGACGGAUAGAGAUUAAUAGUUUGUAAAAUGGCUGCAGAUUGGUUCCUUUCCUGCUUCAAAUACUAUAGCCAAGUAUCAAUGCACACUAUUAAACAUUAAAUGCGCUAUAAUUAUUUCGGACAUUCAGAAUUAUGACUGAGUCGAGCAGUGUGAUUGAAGUAACAGUGAAGACUCUGGACUCACAGAGCAGGAUCUACAAGGUCGGGAGUGAGCUGACAGUGAAGCAGUUUAAGGAGCACAUAGCAUCCUCCGUGGACAUUCCAGUACACAAGCAGAGGCUCAUCUAUCAGGGCAGAGUGCUGCAAGAUGACAGAACGCUGACUGAAUACAACGUAGAUGGGAAGGUAAUCCACCUGGUGGAGCGUGCUCCACCUCAGGCCACAAUGACAUGCCCUGGGGGCAUGAGUGCUUACACCAGAGGGGCAGAGCCUGGAACUAGCAGCAAUCACGCCACCUCCCAAAGUGCACCACACGAUCGAAAUAGCAACAGCUACGUAAUGCUGGGGACCUUCAACCUGCCAGUCAACAUCUUGGAUCCACAGCAAAUACAGAUGUCAGUUCAGCAGAUGAUGUCAGGAGUAGGUGAUGCUGGAGCAAGUGCCAGGGUGAGCUCCAGCUUGGAGAGCAACAGCUUGGUGGAUGUGCAGAUCAACUUGGAUCAGUCAAUGCAGAGUGAGCCCAGGGUGAGGCUGCAGCUGGCUGAGAACCUGCUCAGAGAUGCUUGUGCUCUAAUUCACAGGCUGGAGAACCAACCUGCCAUUUGCCUGCCAACCCGCCUGCUAGUCUCCCACACUGCAACCAGCCUGAACCAACCCCCCAGCCUCUGGGGAAGCUCUCCCGCAGGAGGCAUGGCUUCAGAAGGCGCCGGACCUUGCCGCUCCCCAGCCGAGGUCCUCCCACCUCAGUUCCACAUCCUGGUCAUCUUCGAGGGGGUCGAUGCCGACUCACCAGUCUCCGAGGGGGUUGAUGUCACCUCGCCUGUCCUGGAGGAGCUCAGGGCCAUAUCCUCACCUGUCUCACCUGAGGAAUUUUGUGGUAACUCUGGUUUGUUCUGCCCACAGUUCUACAGGCUGGACUUUAAGGAUCCAGCCAUUGACUGGAAUUUCAUUCUGCCUCUGGAAGAAGCCCUGGAUAGCCUUAACGGCAUUGUUCGGCCCAGCCACUUGCCAGGCAUUUGGACCCCCACUCCACACAAGAGGACCUGGCUUCUUUGCAGGCUGCCGCCACCACUCUCCGCCCUCGCCGUGGGUGCCGACGUGUGCCUCCAGACCUCCGGUCCUUGGGAGCGUGCCUGCCCCAUUCCCUCCCUGUUAGGUGUGUCCAGCGACAGCAACUUCGAUUCAGAGGUACCUCAGUCCUCUUCUUCCCCACCACCAUCGUCCUCCUCUUUAAGAGGAGCUGAAGCAUCACAACCCAUGGACACAAGCUCUCCUCUUGCAGCGACAUCUUCCACUUCCAGCCAAACUGAGAGAUCAGCCAACACUGGGCUUAACCACCCAAGUCCAGCUGAGUUUGUUGAUGUUCUCUCUGAGGUAAGGAGGGUGGAGGAGCGGUUACAUCCCUUCUUAGAGAGGACCCACUCAAUCCUCGGAGCUGCCACCUCAGCAGACUACAACAACAAUAUGCAGGAAAGAGAGGAGGAUCAGCGCAUUCUCAACCUAGUUGGAGAUGCUGUACGUCUCCUAGGAAACACCCUUGUUGUCCUUGGUGACCUACGGUGUAACCUUGCGACUUCUCCCCCACGUCAUCUAUAUGUGGUUCGCCCCAUAGCCCACUACACCCACCCGGUUCUGCUUCAGGCUGGUUUGCAACACAUGCCCAUUCCAAUAAACUUAGGGGCAACAGUAACCAUGACGUCUAAUGUGAGACAAGCAGCUGAGGAACAACGCCAGCCCUCUGAGGAUACUGGCCAAUCUAAUCAGCAGGCUACAGGCCAGGGUCUACCUCUUCAUUCAAACGGGACCACUCAUCAAGGACAGGGAGCACCCAGAGUGAUCCGGAUCACACACCAGACCAUGGAGCCUGUAGUCAUGAUGCAGAUGAACAUUAAUGGUGAGUCAGCUGCUGCUUCUCGUGGUCCAGGGCAGCCAAAUGUUGCAGGUCCUGGGCAGCCAGGAGCAGCACCUGCCCACUUUCCAGGACUUCCACCUGAGUUCAUGCAGGCCAUUGUGCACCAGAUGUCUCACCAAGCUCCUGUCAUGGCUGCUGCAGCCUCCGCAGGCCACCCAGCACAGAUGAUGUCUGGUGCUGAUUCAAUGCCCAGCACCGAGGCAGCUGCUUCCCCACUGUCCCCCCAGGGUAGGAUGGUCAUCACCAGACCAUCAUUCUCACCCCGCAUCCCUCAGCCUGUGGCAACCAGAGGAACAACCAUCAACCUGAGGGCUACAGUACCCACAGCUGGCCAGCAGCCAGGACAGAGCACAUCUCUGGCUCCCUCCUCCCUUACCCAGAUGAUUGGUGGUAUGGUUGGACAGCUUCUGAUGCCAGGGCAGCCAGGUGAUCCCCUGUCCAUAUCCUCUUCAACUCACCCUCAGUCCUCCUACUCUACCUCCUCUUCGUCAUCUGAAUCCUCUACCAUGUCCUGUCCUCUUCCCUCUGCCAACACCUCUGGACAGACACCAACCCACACUACUAGUUCUACCUCCAUAAGCCAGCCAGCAGAGGGCAGUCCUGAGGCAAAUGUAGCUCAGUUCUUGGCCUCUCUACUGGGAGCAGCUGGGCCAAGUGGUCCUGAUUUUGGAUUGGCUCCCUCCAUCACUGUGACACUGCCAGAGGCGCCUGGCUUCUUCCACGGCAUGUCAGACUUCACACCUGCACCUGUUCCUGGCCCUGGUGCCUCAAGCACUUCUCAGUCCACUGGCCCUGCUCCGCUUCAGGCUGGCAGCAAUGUAGGUGGAAAUUCUCUGAGCCCGGAGCUGUUCACUGGCAUUGUACAGGGAGUUUUGUCCACCAUGAUGAGUGCUCUUGGGGCACAGCAGGGUAGUGGAGAGAGCAUUGCCCAGUUCAUCCAAAGACUGUCUCAGACCAGCAACCUUUUUGCUCCUGGCUCUGGAGAUGCUGUGGGGUUUUUUGGAGACCUGCUGUCCAUGGUGUGUCAGAGUAUCUCUCUGGUGGAUGUGGUGCUGUUGCUUCAUGGGAAUGCCCAACCUCUGAGCCGCAUCCAGUCCCAGCUCUGUGACUUCUUCACUGAACACUACCUCCAGGGUCAAGAGCCCACCGAUGCCAACAUAGCUACGGCUGCUGAAGACCUCAUCAAUGGACUGGAGGAGUAUAUAGCUGAGAGUUUUGCCACAGUGACCGUGCGCGAGGGAGUGGAUAUCGUUCAGACCAACUUAUCUUUCCUCAGACAGCAGUUCACUCAGAUGGCCUCACAUAUCCUGCGCUGCAGUGAUCAUACGUUUGGCCCCCGUUUGCUGUUGCUGUGCACUCAGGGCCUGUUUGAGUGUCUGGCCCUAAACCUACACUGCCUUAGAGGAGAACAGAGCGCUUUAAUUGCUGUGAUCAACCACCAUAUUAGGAGGAUGUCAGCAGAAGUCAAUCCCAGUCUGGUCAACUGGCUAACCAGUAUGAUGUCUACAAGGUUGCAUGUCAUUCUGGAACAGAACCCAGUUACCGAGGACCAAAUCCAGCACUACGUCAUCUCUACACAUGUAGCUCAAGUCCAAUGAAUAGCUUGAAAUGGUACAAAGGUAAGUGGUGAACUGCCAGAGGUUAAACAAAGGUAAGGUUACCCAAAACAGAAAAAUAAUGUACAUUUCAGAAUUAUAAAAAAAUGGCGUUUUUCAUAGAACAAAAAAUGGGUUAAUAACUUAAAGCUGUUCUGCAACAACAGAGGUUGAUCAAGCCUUGAAAGUUGGUGCUACCAAAUCCUAAGAGUGUCCCAACUUUUCUUGAUUGCUUACAACCCCCUCUGUCUGCAUAAAAGUAGUGUUGGAACGCACCAUGUUACCAUGCCUUCGAGAGCACUAGUUGAACAGUAUUGUACUGCAAGAAGUAUUGUGUUGCUAUAAAAAUUGCGAGGAAAAGGCAAUUACCAAUAGAAGACAGACAGAACAUCAUAACACUCACAAAUAUAGGUCUUUCCUGCUGUGGAAAUUGCAAAGAAAGUCAAGGUGUCAGUGAGUACAAUUUUCUUCACCAUUAAAAGGCACUCAGAGGGUUCCGGUGACGCCAUCCACCUGAAUGGCAGCUUAGGGGUUAGGGUUUAGAGGGUUUAGACUGAUAGCUCUCUGGGGAAUUUUGCUAAAUCGCCCCAUAAAAGUGUCAGACCUUAAAUUUUCUCGUAAUAAUAGCCAAGUGAUAAACGGUGCGAAGAUGGGUAAAAGAGAUGCACGGACAAAAGGUGUGACUGAAGAAAGAACAAAUGAAGAAUCUACAUCGAGCAACUACGAAGUUAGCGAAGAAGCUAAUGCUAGAGCUGCCGCUGGCGAGGCCCCGAGUCUCCAAGUUACAACGCUAGUGACCGGUGCUGGAGGAAUUGUGAGAUUUUCGUAAAGAUUUCCAAGACUUCAAAUCAGAGCUAACCACCAUUACACAGAAGAUUAUAGAAGCAGAAACUCAAAUAGAAAAUGUUGAGGACCGGGUCCAAAGCGUGGAACAAGUGCUAACCAAAAUGAUAAAAGUCAUGAGCGAGCAGGAGAAUAAACUACUCGACCAAAAAAGUAGGUCUCGCAGGGUGAAUUUAAGAUUGUAUAAUGUCCGUGAAGGGGCCGAAAACGGAUCGUCGACUGUGGUCUUUGUGGAGAAACUACUUUGGGACAGUUUGGAUUUUCCCCUGAGUACGAGCCUUGGCUCGAGAGAGCGCACAGAGCGCUGGGUCCCAAACCAUCCGGGGAUGAUGAGGAAAAGCAACGCUCAAUAAUAAUAAGAUUUGCACGCUACAUAACCAAGGAAGAUGUUUUGUGCAAAGCAUGAGCUAAAAAGACUGUGCUCUGGGAAGGAAGGAGACUAUACUUCGAUCAGGAUUUUCCCCCAGCUAUCCUACAGAAGCGCAAGGAAAAUGCUGAAGCGAAAAAAGUUUUGAAACGGCACAACAUUCGAUUUCAGACCCCCUUCCCUUACAAGCUGAGGGUGUUUUAUGAAAAGGGGACCCGGCUGUAUCAAUCAGCGGAGGAGGCAACGACAGACAUGAUAGCCAGGGGAAUGCCGGUCACCAAGAUAAUGAUGAGGGAAGGCCUGGCAGAGCAGCUGGCACGGUCAGCAUGGACAGUGGUGGGAGCUCAACAACGACGAGACGAUGGAGAGACUCGGGAACACGCUAUCCGGGAAAAACUUCAGGUCUACAGGAGGUCCACAUCACUUACCACAGAAGACUAAGGACAAGAAGUUUAUCCAAUAAUGUUGGGUAAAUAUGCUACGCUUCUCUUUUUCCAAUACAUGAGGAAAUACAUUUAGAGAGGUAAGAUACCAUUAUUGAGAAAUGGACACACAGAACUGCCACAGGGGCCCUCGGUUCUUAGAAGAGGCUUCCCCCUACUGACUGACGCCUUUACCAGCAGAUCACAGGGACAGUUAGGGGAGACCCCACCUUGGAGUCAUUUUUCAAUUUUUUUUAUUGUUAUGUUUGUGUUCACUUAUGUUUAAUGUUCCUUUUCACUAAGGGAGUAGACCAGUUAUUUCUGUAUCCUUACACUUUAUACAUGUGGUUAGUAAAUUAUGGAUAGUGGUCUGGUAAAAUUUAUUUCCUUUAAUGUGAAUGGGUUAACUAAUCCAAUAAAACAGUAGAAUUUUAACCAAAGUCAAGAAAAUGUCAAGCACAAGUAGUAUAUCUGCAGGAAACCUAUUUGAAUGAUAGUGAACACGGGAAAUUGAAGAGAAUGGGAUUUACAAGUAUGUUUUCCUCUUUAUAUAAAUCUGGCCGCAGACGGGGUGUUGUGAUUCUUAUAUCAAAUAAAUUAAACUUUGAAAAGACAUUUGAGUUAAAAGAUAAAGAGGGGAGAUUUAUAUUGGUAAGAGGAAGAGUGGAUGGUAAUCUGAUCACUUUAAUGAAUGUUUAUGCACCCCCAGAGAGCGAUGUAAGUUUUUUCCAAAAAAUCAUAAACAUUAUAGUAACAGAAACAGAACGUUUCUUGAUAUGUGGUGGGGAUCUGAACAUUCGUUUGCGGCCGGAACUUGAUAGUUCCAAUAGAAAAGUUACAGACUCAAGUUCUUUACAUAAGAAAGUAUGUGCACAGUUUGAAGAGGUCAGUUUGAUUGACAUUUGGAGAGAUCUUUUCCCAAGUAGACAAGACUCAGUCAGUCGACAAGACCCCAUUACUCAGCUCCACAUUUUGUUUAUACGAGAAUAGACUAUUUCAUAACUGUUGCCAAAGAUAAAGACAGAAUUCAGACAUGUGAUAUGGGGACAAUAGAUGUGAGUGAUCAUGCACCUUUGUAUUUAAGAGUGAAUUUAAACUUACGCCCCAAAAUAAUAACAUGGAAAUUAAAUUCGAGUAUGCUUAAAGAUGCUAAUUUUAAGGAACAAAUUAAAAAAGAAAUACAGGAUUUCCUUGAUAUAAAUGACAAUGGAGAGAUCUCGCCUGUUAUACUCUGGGAUACAAUAAAAGCUGUAAUAAGAGGGGAAAUUAUAGCAAUAGCCUCAUAUAAGAAAAAAACAAAAUAAAAAAUGGAGGAUUUACAGAAUAAAUUAAAAGAAUUAGAAAUUAAACACAAACAAUUUCUAACAUCAAGUGUCUUUGAGGAAAUUAAAAAGAUUAGAAACAAAAUAAAUAAUCUAGCCACGCAAGAUACUAAGACAAAAUUAAUGUUUCUUAAACAAAAAUACUAUGAAAGUGGAUCAAAAUCAAUGAAAAUACUAGCAUGGAAAUUAAAAAAGAAAAUUGCAGAAAAUACAGUAACUGAAAGACCCAAAAACCAAAAAGAUAAAGAAUAAAUUGCAAGAGAUUCACAAAGCAUUUGAGAUAUUUUAUAAAUCAUUAUACUCUAAAGUUCCUGUAGGAAGUGACAACGAAAUUGAAAGAUUACUAAAUUCUUUAGACCUGUGAAACUUAAAAAGGCCGUUAGCCAGCUAAAACAAACAAGUCACCAGGUUCAGACAGCUAUACGGCUGAAUGGUACAAGGAAUUAAAGGUUAAGUUGAUUCCUGUAGUACUACCUACACUUAACUGGCUAUUUAAAAAGGCACAAACACCGCCAAGUUGGACAGAGGCAAUUAUUUCAGCAAUACCAACGGAAGGCAAGGACAAGACGGAGUGUGGAUCAUAUAGGCCGAUAUCAGUUCUUAAUAUAGAUUAUAGGCUGUUCACUGCAAUAAUGGCCAGACAGAUGGAGGAAUUCCUACCUAAGUUGAUACACAAUGAUCAAACGCUUCAUAAGAAACCGACAGACACAAGAAAAUAUUCACAGAACUCUUCAUAUUAAAAACCAUAUACAAAAGAACAAAACUGAGGCCGUACUUAUUAGUGUUGAUGCUGAAAAAGCAUUUGACUCAGUAAAUUGGGACCUUCUUUAUAAAAUAUUGCACAAGAUUGGAUUACAUAGUACAAAUAUUGAUACCAUAAAGGCGUUAUAUACCAACCCAACUGCAAGAAUUAAAAUGAAUGGCUUUUUGUCAAGCAGUUUCACUUUGGAAAGAGGUACUUGACAAGGUUGCUCGUGGUCUCCACUUCUGUUUGCAUUGUAUCUUGAACCAUUGGCCCAAUCUAUAAGACAAAAUCCGCAUAUUAAGGGUAUAACUAUCGGACAAAGGGAGCACAAGUUAGCUUGUUAUGCGGAUGAUAUUUUGGUCUACUUAGGAUACCCGACAGACUCCCUUCCCAAACUUAUGCUGCUAUUUGAGCAAUACGGUCGGCUCUCGGGGAUAUAAGAUAAAUCUAAACAAAACUCAAACACUCUCAUAUAAUUAUAACUCACCGGUGGAGAUAACUAAGUGCCCUAUGGUGUGGCAGGGUGAAUCCUUAAAAUACUUGGGUAUUAGUAUACCAAAAAAUCCAACAAGUCUUUUUGAAUUCAAUUAUACUCCACUGAAGGAAAAGAUAGAUGAAGAUUUGAAAAGAUGGAAUUUGCCUUACUUCAGUUUAUAUUCUCGGAUCGAAUCUAACAAACUGAAUGUUUUACCAAGACUAUUAUACCUGUUUCAGACUCUACCAAUACAAAUUGAUCAAAUUCAAUUUAAUGAAUGGGACAAGAUGAUAUCGAGAUUUAUAUGAGAGGGGAAAAGGCCAAGAGUCUGUUUUAAGACGUUGCAAUUGUCUAAAGAGAAGGGAGGAUGGGGCCUGCCAUCUCUAAGGGAUUAUUUUAGGGCAGCACAGAUGAAGGCACUGAUAAAUUGGUGUGAUAUAUAAAUGCCCAAUGGAAAAGUAUAGGGGAGCAAAUCUUUCCUUUCCCAAUACAAGCUACUCUGGCUGAUGCGAAUAUUCAAAAAUAUAUUGACACUACUGAUAACCCUUGGUUAAAGAAUAUAACCCGAAAAACAAUAUUGUAAUGUUAAAAUGGUAUGCUUACGAUUAUGAUUUCCUACCAAACAAAUUAGACUCACGAUUCAAAUUAUGGACCUCUAAAGGGAUAACAAUUUUCAGCAAGUUGAUUAAGGAUGGCAAAGUUAACAGCUUCGAUAUACUUAAACAUAAACUUGCGCUGGAAAAACAAGACUUUUAUCGAUAUCUACAAAUACAUCAUUAUAUAGAAACAAAAGUAGAUACAGUGUCAGAGAGCAACACGGACUUACUGAAACUGUUUAGAAAUUCAUAUGAUGGGAAAACGAAUAAGAAGCCAAUUUCAAUUCUGUACAAAUGCCUGAGGAAUUGUAAAUGUCAUUCCACUGAACAUGGAGAAAGAAGGAGGGAUGACUAUAUCAGAGGAGGAAUGGACCACAAUAUGGAAACUCCAUUGGAAAUGCACAAACUCACAGAGAUGGAAGGAUUAUGGAUGGAAUACCUUGAUAAGAUACUUCAUCACUCCAUGUCAAAAAACACAUUAUGAUGGAACUCCUCCUAUCUGCUGGGGAAAGUAUGGAGACCAACAUGCAAACCAUUUUCACAUCCUGUGGGACUGCCCACUUAUUAGACAGUAUUGGAAAGAUGUUCAUGGAGCACUGCAAGACAUUUUUAAAUGUGGAAUUCCAUUUGGAAUAAAAACUUUGUUUUGGAUGUUUACCAGAGGACUGGAGAAAAAAGGAUAAAUAUCUGAUGAGUGUUUUCUUGGUUGCAAAUCGAUAACUAAGCAAUGGCUAUCGCAGGAUAUUCCCACCAUGUCAGCAUGGUGGGAUAUAACAAUGGAUGUUUAUAAAAAGGAAGAGAUGACAGUGUUUGUAAAUCAAAAACAAGACUGGUUUGUAGCAUGUUGGGAAAAAUGGGUUGCGUACAUAAAAAUUAAAAAGCCCAAUUUAAUUUUGAGUCUACAAAUUUUUAGACAAUGUAAUGGUCACUCCCUAUUGUUCAAAAAUAUGUUCAUAUUUCCGUUUAUUUUAUUGUAUUGUAUUUUAUUUUACUUUCUGGAUGGGAAAUUGUCUUCAGAAAAACGAACGAUGAUAAUAUUGUGCACAUGUUGGCACACGUGAAUUGUACCCAUCACUAAAAACCCGAUAAAACUGAAAAAUAAAGAUUUUUUUUUGUUUGUU